UCCCACCGUCACUCUUCCUCUCUGACUCCCCCUCCCUCUCUGUCUCGCACCCUCGUGUACCUCUCACCCUCGGACCCUCAACCGUCCCGGGAGAGGGCAGCGUGAACCGGGGGGAAUUCAAAUCGCUCCCGCUAGACUGCUGGCAGAGGCCGCCUGCUGGGGCUCGGGGGAGGGGGGACGGAAACACGGAUACACACACGUGGACGAACAGGGACGGGUAAAGUUAGUUCCACGUUGGUCCUCGGCUAAACAUUUUAGAAGUCUCUCGUGGUUUCGAAUGCGAUAUAGAUAUCGCUAUCACCAUGACGACUGCAUAUGUUAAAUAAUAACAAAGAAGUUGUGUACAUUCGCUUGUGAAUCUUUGGCGUAGUCCCAACGUGAAGCGCACUUCAUCUCAUCGAAGGAACACACGACGGGUCUCACGGCAACUUUGAGGUCCGCCGAGUGACGACCACGUCCCGGGUGGAGGGGAGGGGGGAGAGGAGGUCUCAGAAGUGAGCCACAGGGGGUUUUAUUCGUUUUUUUGCCUUUACACGUCAAGAUAUCGUCCUGCUAACCACUCGUUUGGACCAAGGAUUCGGCAAGAGUUUUUCGAUAAGGUCAUUUUUCUGGAUGAUCAACGCGGAUCAUAGCGCGUCGGUGGCCGGCCAGGGGGAGAGAUAACCCCGCCAUGGAGAGCGCGGAGAGCCGGUGGUGGAGUUGGCUGAGCCUGGGCUCCCUGCUCCUCGUUCUGUUCUCCGGCGUUGGUGAGGCCAAGUGUGAUGAUUGCGUGGAGUACUGCUGUGAAGGCACUCCACCCUUCUGCUGCUCCUACUAUGCCUAUGUGGGCGAUGUCCUCUCGGGCACGGCGAUCUCGGGCAUCGUGUUUGGUGUGGUGUUCCUCAUGGGCGCCAUGGCGGCGUUGGUCCUGUGUGUGUGCAUGUGCAUGAAGAACGGGCGCGGGGCGCGCGUCGACGUGUUCAGGACCUCCUACAUCAACAGCGUGACCCAGGGUUACCCAGGUCCCCCGCCCCCCUACAACUACGACUACGAGAUGUACCCUCCCUCCCCGCGCCCCCCCCCCUACACCCCAACACCGGCCCGGCCCGACAACUACUCCCCCCCACCCCCUUAUCCCGGCUGUGCCCUGAAGUGAACUCACCCCCCCCCCCCUCCCCCGCUGCUGCCAGCCCAGACGAAACCCCCGGCGGACAUUUUGACACUGGAUCACUGAGCGGGGUGUUUGUGUGUUUGGACAUCCUUCUUAUUUUGCAUUCUUUUUGGGUCGAUGUGUGUGCAUCUCGUUCCCUAAAAGAAUGUGAACGUAACAUGCCUCUUUGCAUAUUUGCCCAAAGCAAUGCCAACUACCCCUACAGUUGGGAUUGGGGUAGUCUGGGCGACAGACAUCUGCAGAGCGGAACCCCGGUUUGGUAUCCGUCCAUUCUGGUCGAGAGUUUUGGACGAUGUAGAAUGUUUUAUUGCACACGGGACUCUUAUUUGGGUCGCAGGAAAGGUCAAAGGUCAUCUGCUGUAAUCUCGCGCACGGCGGAACUUCAUAUGUGAUACAUGAUUUUAAAGUGUGUAUCUAUUUUUUCCGAUAGUUUGUGUGACAAUGUUGAGGACUCGGCGGUUGAUACUGAAUCGUUGGUUUGGGUUUGUCUUACUUGAAAACAGUGUUGUGGAGCUGUGGCUGAAACGUGGAGUCGUCCACCUGACUUAUGUAAUACUUUGAAUGGUUUCUUGUAUUUACCCCCCAACAAAGUCGUAGAGAUGGGAUUUUGGACUCCUGUGUGAAUGAUCUGUGAUCCCUCAUCCCAGAGGACAUUGGACUGCAUACAAUUUGAAAAAUAAAUAGAUUGUAGUCUA